CUACUGAACUUUCCAGCUGUUGUUGCAUUCCUCUAUACACGUCGCACUUGGCUGCAGCCGCCCGCUUUUUCAUAUUUGUGUGUUGCUGUGUUUGAAGUGUGUGCGUUUGUGCGUGUGCGUGUCAGUGUGUCAGGGAGUGACAAGUCGUUUUCUUCCAAGGCAUCCAGGGGUUGCUCAGCACGGGGGGGAAAUGCAUCUGCUGUCAAGACGGACGCUGUGAGCACAAGAGGGAGAAGUGGCAGGAUCAUUUUUCUGGAGUUUUGUCAGGCGACAUAAUCCUGGAUCUGGGAGCUGCCACCGCUGCUGCUGCUGCUACAUUGUGUCACUUUCUGCACAAUGACAAAAGUGGCCAGUCCUGCGUAUAUCAUGGACUCUGAGAUGAUGUUCCAACCUGAGUCAGAUCAGAUCUCUCCAGUGGAAUCAAAGUCUCCAAACUUGGACCUGUUCGACACAGGGAAGGGACUGAAGGUCCAGACAGCUACGCCUCAUCUGGUUAGCCUGGGCAGCGGGAGGCUGAGUGUGGCGAUCACCCUGCUGCCGCUGAAGGAAGGGGUGACUCGCAUAGGCCGCGAAGACGCUCCUAUUCCUCAAGAUAUCACUAUCCAGGGGCCUGGCAUCGAGGCAGAGCACUGUCUCAUCAUCAAUGAAGGAGGAGUGGUGACCCUUGACCCCUGUGGUCACCUCUGCAGUUUGGAUGGAGUCCAGAUCACUGUACCAACACCACUCACACAGGGUUAUUCCCUGUGUCUGGGUAAAUCCUACUUCUUCCGGUUCAACCAUCCUGAGGAGGCAAGCAGAAUGAAGAGCAUGCUUCCACAGAAGAGCCCUGUGUCGGCGUUGGCCUACAACACAGACUACUUGAAGUUCAGCAGUGACUACAGCUAUGCGGUGGUGGGGGGCACCAGCAGUGCCCGGGGCAUGCGGUCAGCCUCCGAACUCCGGGACUUGAUGGACACCCUGCAGCGCAAGAAGGUCGCCCUGGAGAACAGCCUGAGAGCCAACGGGAAUGCUAACCCCUCUUACUUCAGCGUGACACAGUCUCCCCCCACGACACCCAUCACUAGUCCUGCCACAUCCUCAUCAGCGUGUCAGGAACAGUCGAGGCGAUUCUAUGGCUCGGAUCGUCCACCCAUGUCUUUGAAAUCGGGCCCUCCUAUUUCCCCUGGACGUCGAUCCGACCCUUCCUCUUACCUGACCUCCCGCUCCUCAGUUGGCCGCAACCAGGACAACUUCAGCUUUAGCGAUAACCGGCGACUGCAGAACCAGAGCUCCUCUCCUUUACUGUCCACGUGGAACGGUGGAGGCUCUUCAUCUUCUGUUGCUGGUACAGAAAGCUCCCUCCUCUCUCAUCCCCCCUCCUCCUCGUCCCGCACCCCAUCGUCAGGAGGCGCAGUCAGCAUGCCCUCGAGCCCCCGCCUUGGACGUCGUAGCUGUGGGAACCAGGAGCCAUCACCCAGCAGUCGACCGAGGAAAUACUCAACGGGCUCGAUGAGUGGGAUGUUGGGAGGAGGGUACAGCCGCUCCCUGCCACGCCUCUGCCCCUCGCCAUCUCCUCACGACAACAAUAGGGGGCUGACCUUGUCAACGCUGCCCCCCCGGCGAUCCGAUAUAUCCGGGAGUCACAAAUUUAGCAGAGACUAUUACAACAACAGCCAGGAUGCCAACCACAACUCUUACAUCUCUCCGUUGCAGGCCUGCAACAGGAAUCAAAUCCAGGCUACAACUCAGGGAGAAGGCGUUGUGUCUAUAUCCCUCUCCUCCACUAAGAACUUGCCUUCUCCCACCCCCUCCAUCUCCUCCACAACAACCCCACCUGAUGUGACCCUCCCAUCCAGAGCAGGGGGCUCCUCUUCCCCACGUGUGGCCAAAAAACUCAGCCUGACUUCCACUAGCUCAGUGGGCACCAUCAGCCCCACGACCUCCAUCCCUCUAGACACAGAACGGUGUGCCAGCAAUGGAGUCGCUCACGGAAUGGAGCUGACUUUGGUGGAAAAGGAGAGGCGAGGGGUAGAUCUCGACCUCACCGGUGCCGCGGGGCUGGGUCUCGGAGAGAGGAGGUCAUCAUUUGGGAAGGCAGGGCUGGAACCUCGGAUGGGGUUUGGCGAGAGGAGGUCAUCUUUUGGAAAGGCGGGGGUGACCCCACCAGGGGGCUUCAGGGAAAGACGGGGGAGUAUCAGCUCACUGAGUGGGAAGGAAGAACUGACUGACUACCACCAUCGGCAAAAGGAGGAAAGACUACGCGAGCAAGAGGUGGAGCGACUGGAGCGACAGCGGCUCGAGACCAUAUUGUCCCUGUGUUCGGAGCUCGGCCAGGCUGACGGCGAUGGAGGCGUCAUGACCACAAGUCCCACUUCAGCUGUGGCGGAUCUCCAAAAGAUCAACCAGGAGCUGGAGAAACUCCAACUGAACGAUGACGACGACGACGACGACGACACUCCCUCUGUCUUUUCUGACUUUUCCGCUGUCAUUGAGACCAACGGGAAUGGACACAUGACCUCCCCCGGAUCAGAGAACGGUUACUAUGACGACGAUCUGCAGCUACGACAGAGGCGCAGAAGCGGUCACCGAGACAACAGGGCAGAAUCGCCCACUGUCAGUUUGCGAAGCUUUGCCCCCUCGCCUUCCCCACGUACACAGAGGACCAAUGAGGCUCUGGAGGAUGCAGCUCGCCGCAGCCGACAGGACACGAGGCCUUCAGAGGAGGAAGUGAGGCAAGUGAAGGAGGAGAGGAGCCAGGUGCUGAACCACAUGGAGGAGCUGGAGAAAAAAAUCAAAGAGCUGGACAACCAAAUGGAGGAAUCGGCCCGCGAGGUGGAGGUUGAACGAGCUCUGGUGGAGGCUGAGCAGGAGUCGGAGUCUGCGGCUCUCCAGCAGGAAAAAUAUGCCCUGGAAUCACUUCACAACAAGAUCGCUGACCUGGAGACCAAGUCCCAACAAGAAAAGGACAAGGCGUGUGAGUUGCUGCAGGCAGAAAGGGGCAGAGUAGAGAGGUUGGCUCAGAUUGUGUGUGAGCAGCGCUCCCAGCUGGACAGCUGCCCUGAGGCCACCAAGGAGCCCCUGCAGGAGCAGCUAGCCAGGGACUGUGAGGUGCUUGAGGCGGAGACGAAGCGUUUUGAGGACCUGGAGUUUCAGCAGCUGGAGCGGGAGAGCAGGCAGGACGAGGAGAAGGAAACGCACACGCAGCAACUCCUGCGGGAUAUUGCAGAUUACCAGCGCAGCACAGUCACCCGCAAGGAGCGACUGUUGACGCUGAAGAAGCAGGCAGCACAAAUUACCCAGCAGGCUCAGCGGGAGAAGGAGAGCUUCUUGAAGGAGAGGAGCAACCUUGAAUCAAUGCUGCAAAGGGAAAAAGAAAACCUUGCCACACUUGAAGGAAAACAUGCCGACCUCACUGGUAGUCGGGGUUUCACACUAAGAGAGGGCUAUGUCACAGUCAGUGAAAUCAAUGAGCUUUACUCACAGUUUAGGGGGGACCCUAAACACACCCCUGCUCUGGCCAAUGCCUCCCUUGACUCCGUGGCAAACCCCUCCCCUGGCGACGACGCCCCUAAACCACCAGAGGACGAGCAUUUCCGUUUGCUGGAGGAGAGGAGGAGGUCUGACAAAGAGGGCGGGUCUCAUCUGAGUGACACAUUACCCAGGAAGCGAGUCACUCCCAACAUGACCCGCCAGUUCACGUGUGCGACACUCGGACGCAGUUUCCCCACCAAGUCCCAUCAGCCCCUGGUACAGAGCACAAGUUGUGGCAGCAUUCUUCCAAGGAUUCUCUCAUUAUCCAGCAAGGAAAAUGAAUCUCGAUCAUUGCAUAAAGGUCAGCCCGGCUCUCGAGCAGCCUCCCAGACCAACGUCUACCUCGAUGCCUUUGGCUACCGUGACAACCAAGCCUUUGACACAAUGAGUGUGGAUAGCACCGACUCCAUUGAAACCAGCAUCUCCGCUUGCUCUCCUGACAAUGUCUCCAGUGCCAGUACAUCGAAUGUGGCCAAGCUGGAGGAGAUGGAGCGCCUGCUGAGAGAGGCUCAGGCAGAGAAGAACCGCCUUCUCGAACACAAGGAGCAAGAGAUGGAAAUGCGAAAGCAGGCGCUGGAUGAGGAAAAGAGACGAAGGGAGGAUCUGGAGAAGAGGCUACAGGAGGAGACGAGCCGACGGCAAAAACUCAUCGACCGUGAGGUGAAACUGCGAGAGAAACAAAGGGCACAGUCCCGGCCGUUGACUCGGUACUUGCCAGUGAGAAAGGACGACUUUGACCUGCGCUCUCACAUUGAGUCGGCAGGCCACAGCGCGGACACAUGCUUCCACCUGUCCAUCUCUGAAAAGACCUGCCGAGGCUACUUGAUCAAGAUGGGAGGCAAAAUCAAAACCUGGAAGAAGCGCUGGUUUGUCUUUGACCGCAACCGACGCACACUGUCCUACUAUGCAGACAAGCAUGAAGUCAAGCUGAAAGGAGUCAUCUACUUUCAAGCCAUUGAAGAAGUGUAUUACGAUCACUUGAAGAAUGCACAUAAGAGUCCAAACCCCUCGCUGACCUUCAGUGUGAAGACUCACGACAGGGUCUACUACAUGGUUGCUCCGUCUCCCGAGGCCAUGAGGAUCUGGAUGGAUGUAAUCGUCACAGGUGCUGAGGGAUACACCCAGUUCAUGGUGUAGUGAAGGGGUCAUGGCGGCGGGAUACGCCACGUGCUAUGGCUCUUUGUGGCUUUAAAGAUUACAUUUUCUAUACUUCUUUUUUUGUAUCCUUGGACUUUUUUAAGCGUCUGGAUGUAAAUAUUGUCUGCAUCUAUGCUGAAGAACGAACACAGUGUCUGUUGUGUUGAGAGAGCUGCCUUCAGUUAACUCAAGAUACAAUCUUAUGUGGACCGUGCGUGUGAAAUAGGCAGAUGUAUGAGUAUAAUUUUGACAUUGUUAGACAAUCAGGUUCUGUCCAAAGGAGGAAAUCAAGUUUAGGUGCUAUGGUGCAAUGCAGUGCCUUGCAGGGGGCUCAGGUCUGUCUCAAGGAUUUCCACAAGUGUGACGAUAACCCAUUUACUCUUUUUGCCAGCAUAUUAUAGAGCUAGUAGCUCUAUAAUAUGUCCAUCAUCAUCAUUUACUUCAAUCGGGAAUAUACAUAAAAGUGAAUCCAUAGCUGUGUUAAGAAAGUGCCAAACAAACCUUGAACAAGCUUAACAUGUCACGGAAUAACUUAUAUCUUGCGAUGGGUUUAAUUGCUGUCAGAUCAUUUCAAAUGUGUUGCAAUCAUUUUUAUUUCAUUCAACAUGUACACAAGAAAAAAAUUAUGCAUAUAGAUGUCGUAAUUGUAGUGACUUUUUCAUCUUGAUUUAAUUAUAUGCGUCAUUACCGUGGCAUUCCCAAAUUGUAACCGUUUGCGAGGAUGUGCCUUCAUGCAUCAUAUGAUCAUGUAACUUCAUAUUAUAUACACAUCCUAAAGAAGUGCCUUUUUUUCUGUGCAUACUUCAUGUACAUUUCUAUUUUCUUUGAGCUGCUAAGCAAACUCCAAGGUGCUUUUCUUAUAAAGGGAUUGUCACUAACAAUCCAAGUCACAGCAGAUUUACAUUGGGGUAUAUAAUUAUACACUUUACACGGUGAGUUACACGGUGAGUCAUUUAAGAUGGAUUAUUGUUCUGGGUAUGAAUAGUGUCACCACAGGCUCAGACAUGUAAACUGCUUACACAAAGGUAGCACCACAUGACUUUUCAUCUUAAAAAGUUAAACCAGCAAGAUAAAUUAUGAUUUUGUUUUUUAAUAAGGCACAGAGCUGUGAUAUUUGUACAUUUUGUAGUUCUUUUUAUAAAUAGUUAUGACAGUUAGCGACUCAAUAUCAACUGCAGACUCCGCCUGUUUGUGCCUUUUUAUUAUCAUAUUUUGUGUGACAUUAUGUUUGACAUGUGUAUUAUCUAUAUUUUUAAGAGUAACAUGUAUCCAUUCACAAAAUGCCAAAAUGUCGGUGGUGAGAAAAACGUGCAAAAUGUAGACAUGUGGUCCUGAGUGGUUUGGUGAGAGAGCGCAGACAAAAUCGAUGGUACAAUUCAUAGGCAUUGAGUAAUAUAAACAGCCUGAUUAUUGCGUUGCUUUAAUAUAGUCAAUUUAAUGUAUUUGUAAACUGACUGAUCACUGAAGCUGCUUUUAUCAUAUUCCAUACUAAAUUGCAAAAAUUCAGUCCACUGAUGAGUGCGUUCGUCAUCUUGCCUCAGUGCGUUGCUUUUUGAUUUGUUUUACUGACCAAAGCACAUGUUCGUGUGGUGCUGUGUAUACAGCAUUCAGAAAUGAUUCCCUUUCACUUUGCAAAAAAUGGUCAAUUCAUUUCCCCCUCCUCCAUCUACACACAAUACCCCAUAGCAAAGCAAAAGCAGAAUUCUUUUAAUAUUUUCAAAUUUAGGAAAACGUUUUUUUAUAUAUAUAUAUAUAAUUGUUGGUCCUACAGUACUGUAUUUAUGCUAGUACCAUUGCAUGUAUCUUUUUGUAUUUCCAUAUGAAUAAUAAAAUGUAUAAGUUUUAA